AUGACAAUUGACAUGAAAGAAAAGAGUGAGAAAAAAGUGGAGAAAGGAAGGAAACAAUUGCAUCUCUCACACACCGCAAAUAUAAUAAGUUAAUAACACUCCAUCCUCCUAAACAAAGACUUCGCGUCCAAGCAAUUUCCCACUCACCAAGAUUAUAUCAAAAGCCUUCCAAUUUUCCUAAGCCAGAAUCGCCCUUUUCUUUUUGAGAGAUCAUAGGAUCAUGUCGUGUUCUUCGUCAUCAGGGGAGGAAGACGAUGAGGGAUUCGACUCUUACCGGAAAGGCGGCUACCACGCCGUCAGGCUCGCCGAUCAGUUCGCCGCCGGCAGGUACAUAGCGCAGAGGAAGCUCGGUUGGGGUCAAUUUUCCACCGUCUGGCUCGCUUACGAUACUAAAACUUCUUCAUAUGUUGCUCUCAAGAUACAGAAAAGUGCCGCCCAGUUUGUUCAGGCUGCCCUUCAUGAGAUUGAUGUUCUUUCAUCCGUAGCUGACAGUGACCCGUCAAAUUCAAAAUUUGUCAUUCAAUUGAUUGACCACUUUAAGCACACAGGUCCAAAUGGGCAACAUCUUUGUAUGGUCCUUGAGUUUCUUGGUGAUAGCUUGCUUCGCUUGAUCAGAUAUAACCAUUACAAAGGUCUUCCAUUGAAUAAAGUUAGAGAGAUUUGCAAAUGCGUUUUGAUUGGUUUGGAUUACUUGCAUACUGAUCUUGGUAUAAUCCACAGUGACCUAAAACCUGAAAACAUUCUUUUAUGUUCAACCAUUGAUCCUGCCAAAGACCCUUUUCGAUCUGAACACUCCCCAAUUCUAGAACGGCCUGAGGGAAACGCAAACGGUGGAGUUACAAGUCUUAUCGAGAAAAGGUUGAAGAGUAGAGCAAGGAAGGCGGUUGCUAAGAUAUCUGGAAGAAGAGAGUCAAUGGGAGGAUCAGGAGAUGUUGAAAAUAGUGGUAGAGUUGAUGGGAUUGAUGUGAGAUGCAAGAUAGUAGAUUUUGGAAAUGCUUGUUGGGCUGAUAAGCAUUUUGCAGAAGAAAUACAGACAAGGCAGUACAGAGCGCCUGAAGUUAUACUGAAGGCUGGCUAUUCCUUCUCUGUUGACAUGUGGUCUUUUGCAUGCAUUGCUUUUGAACUUGCCACUGGAGACAUGUUGUUUACACCUAAGGAUGGACAAGGUUUUAGUGAGGAUGAGGAUCACCUUGCCCUGAUGAUGGAACUCCUUGGAAAGAUGGCUCGGAAGAUUGCUACUGGUGGAGCUCUAUCCAAGGAUUUCUUUGAUAGGCAUGGGGAUCUAAAAAGGAUUAGAAGGCUAAAAUUCUUUCCACUUGACAAAUUACUGAUUGAUAAAUAUAAAUUCUCAGUGAAUGAUGCUCAAGAGUUUUCAGAAUUUCUUUUACCACUCUUUGAUUUUGCACCGGAGAAGCGACCAACUGCAAGACAGUGCCUGCAACACCCAUGGCUGAAAUGUCCCAAUGAAGAGGAAAAUGAAUCUUCUGUGAAUGUUGAAAUGAGCAACCUCAAAAUCAAGGGGGGAAAGUGAAGGGGUGAAAUGUGUUUUGACACAGUCAAAAUUUAAGCCCCUCCUUCCACAUGAAAAAAAAUCUAUUGAUUGUGCUUUCUUUUAUUUUUAUUUUUUACUUUGUUCAACUUUAAUAAGAUUCUUUCUAUUGGAUUAUUAACUACAGAGAUGUAAAUCAGUAAGGAAUUUUGUUCCUCCAGAGAUAUCUGACAGCAGAAUUUGCGUGUAUAUUAUUGUUCA